AUGGCUCGUGAGGUGCCUGGAUUUCCCAUCCUAGACGACCCUUUGACCCAUAACCAUUCAAUCCCCAGCUUCAUGGUCGGAACUCAGAAUGGGUUCCUACCCCGUCAAGAUCCCUUGGAUGUUCUUCCCAAAGAAUAUCAAGAGCUUGAGGACCUCUUGCAAAAGAUGCCUUUGACACUCAGGGAUGGGUCCAAGGGCCUUUUAGCACUGGGAAAGUUUGGAGAUGCUUGCAAGAACCUCCCCCAGUACGAUCUGUCGAAUGUUGAGGAUUCGGAGUUGCUCUCCGCUCUUUACCGAGACUACACUUUUGUAGCAUCUGCCUACCUACUUGAGCCAUGUGAUCUUCUCUUCCGCAAGACAGGGGAGUAUGGUCUUGGACGAUCUGUCUUGCCAAAGAACAUUGCAGUACCUUUGGUCCAGGUGGCCGAGAAAAUCGGCGCCAAGCCCUUCAUGGAAUACGCUCUUUCUUACGCUUUAUACAACUACCGAAGAAUUGACAAGACCAAAGGUCUGGUCUGGGGUAACCUAGAGCUGAUCCGCCCUUUCUCUGGAGAUCCAUCCGAGCUGGGUUUCAUUAUUUCACAUGUGACCAUGGUCGCUCACUCCGGAGAGUUAGUCAAGAACACAAUGCGUACGUUGGAGGCUGCUGGCAAGCUUAACCGUCCAGUGUUCAACGAUGCACUCUCAAAGGUGGUUUCGACCUAUGAGAAGAUCAAUAUGGAGAUGGACACAAUGUGGGAACGUUCCUUGCCAGCUGAUUACCUCAAGUUCCGUACAUUUAUCAUGGGUACAAAGAAUCAGCCCAUGUUCCCGAAUGGAGUCAUCUAUGAAGGAGUUUCAGAUCAACCCAUGUUUCAUCGCGGGGAAUCUGGAGCGAAUGACUCCAUGGUCCCUAUGGGCGAUAACCUGCUUCAGUUGACGGAAAUGAUGCCCUCCAACCCCCUCACCGCGGUCUUGAAGGAUUUCCGAACCUAUCGACCCCACAAUCAUGCAGAAUUCUUGCAGUUUGUGGAAGAAAAGGCUCGUCAGGCUCAGGUGCGCUCGUUUGCUGAACAAGAUGCCAAUUCCGCAGCGAUUUACUUGGCCGCUGUGGAUCAAAUUCGCAACUUCAGAAACCGCCAUUGGAACUUCACAAAGGAGUAUAUUAUCAAGUAUACAAAGCACCCUGUCGCAACCGGUGGAUCUCCUAUCGUGACAUGGUUGCCUAACCAAUUGGCAACCGUCCUGAGAACCAUGCAAGAAGUAGGAUCUAAUAUUGAUGAGAGCAAACUCUUGCCCGAGAACAAAGCCCUAGUAGAAAGUUUGACUAAGAGAGCCGAUGCGCAGGCUAGAAUCUUGAACAGAGAGGUUGCUCACUUGCGGUCCGAGAUUAAAGACCAGGAUAAGGUCUAA